GAUAACCUGAGCGAAGCGUUGAAGAAGCUGAAGCUAGCCUCAGUGGACAGCGCCACAGACAAUGUGGAGGGCUGCCUGGACUGCUUGCUCAAAGCACUGGCCCACAACAGUAAGUUUGACCCACACUCCUCAGAGUAAGUGAAAUACACGGUAUGGAGGAAAUGGAGAGCAUAGUUAAAGACUAAUUGGAGAACAAAAAACAUUCUAGUCACCAGGCUCACAUUUGUUUACGUACAAGGCCUAAGUAAGAGAGAAUAAAUCCUAUCUCAGCCAGCGUUAUUCACAAACCUGUCUGUCCUCCUUAGUUUGGGAAACAACCAAUACGGCUGGGAAUUGCCAGUGACCUCACGAUACAAUAUUAUCACAAUACUUUGGUGUUGAUUCUAUAUGUAUUGCGAUUCUCACGAUUCUAUACAGUGGGGAAAAAAGUAUUUAGUCAGCCACCAAUUGUGCAAGUUCUCCCACUUAAAAAGAUGAGAGAGGCCUGUAAUUUUCAUCAUAGGUACACGUCAACUAUGGCAGACAAAUUGAGGAGAAAAAAAUCCAGAAAAUCACAUUGUAGGAUUUUUUAAUGAAUUUAUUUGCAAAUUAUGGUGGAAAAUAAGUAUUUGGUCACCUACAAACAAGCAAGAUUUCUGGCUCUCACAGACCUGUAACUUCUUCUUUAAGAGGCUCCUCUGUCCUCCACUCGUUACCUGUAUUAAUGGCACCUGUUUGAACUUGUUAUCAGUAUAAAAGACACCUGUCCACAACCUCAAAACAGUCACACUCCAAACUCCACUAUGGCCAAGACCAAAGAGCUGUCAAAGGACACCAGAAACAAAAUUGUAGACCUGCACCAGGCUGGGAAGACUGAAUCUGCAAUAGGUAAGCAGCUUGGUUUGAAGAAAUCAACAGUGGGAGCAAUUAUUAGGAAAUGGAAGACAUACAAGACCACUGAUAAUCUCCCUCGAUCUGGGGCUCCACGCAAGAUCUCACCCCGUGGGGUCAAAAUAAUCACAAGAACGGUGAGCAAAAAUCCCAGAACCACACGGGGGGACCUAGUGAAUGACCUGCAGAGAGCUGGGACCAAAGUAACAAAGCCUACCAUCAGUAACACACUACGCCGCCAGGGACUCAAAUCCUGCAGUGCCAGAUGUGUCCCCCUGCUUAAGCCAGUACAUGUCCAGGCCCGUCUGAAGUUUGCUAGAGUGCAUUUGGAUGAUCCAGAAGAGGAUUGGGAGAAUGUCAUAUGGUCAGAUGAAACCAAAAUAGAACUUUUUGGUAAAAACUCAACUUGUCGUGUUUGGAGGACAAAGAAUGCUGAGUUACAUCCAAAUAACACCAUACCUACUGUGAAGCAUGGGGGUGGAAACAUCAUGCUUUGGGGCUGUUUUUCUGCAAAGGGACCAGGACGACUGAUCCGUGUAAAGGAAAGAAUGAAUGGGGCCAUGUAUCGUGAGAUUUUGAGUGAAAACCUCCUUCCAUCAGCAAGGGCAUUGAAGAUGAAACGUGGCUGGGUCUUUCAGCAUGACAAUGAUCCCAAACACACCGCCCGGGCAAUGAAGGAGUGGCUUCGUAAGAAGCAUUUCAUGGUCCUGGAGUGGCCUAGCCAGUCUCCAGAUCUCAACCCCAUAGAAAAUCUUUGGAGGGAGUUGAAAGUCCGUGUUGCCCAGCGACAGCCCCAAAACAUCACUGCUCUAGAGGAGAUCUGCAUGGAGGAAUGGGCCAAAAUACCAGCAACAGUGUGUGAAAACCUUGUGAAGACUUACAGAAAAUGUUUGACCUGUGUCAUUGCCAACAAAGGGUAUAUAACAAAGUAUUGAGAAACUUUUGUUAUUGACCAAAUACUUAUUUUCCACCAUAAUUUGCAAAUAAAUUCAUUAAAAAUCCUACAAUGUGAUUUUCUUGAUUUUUUUCCCCUCAUUUUGUCUGUCAUAGUUGACGUGUACCUAUGAUGAAAAUUACAGGCCUCUCAUCUUUUUAAGUGGGAGAACUUGCACAAUUGGUGGCUGACUAAAUACUUUUUUUCCCCACUGUAUGUAUUGCGAUUCGAUGUUCCAAACAGAUUGCUCACCAUAUGUCUGCUGCAGACUGACAAGGGAGAGCCAUGAGAAAACAAGUUUUGAUCAGUCAUGGAAAUAAAAGUGCUGAAAACAAAUUGGCUCCCUAUUUAAAAAGAUGAUGGAGAAUAAGCUAUGAAGGAAAAAUACUGGAGUUUUGGUGCAGGUACAGACAACUAGCGCAAUAAUAAUUUUGCAAUAUUGUCAUAACGAUACAAUAUAUCGUCAGAAAUAAUAUCCCGAUAUGUAACUGUAUCGAUCCCCCCCAUCACUAAUAACCAUCUGCAUGAUCUGGCUCGGCCUAGCCAGUAUCUUGUUGGGGCAUUUUAAUGCUUUUAAGUUAAUUGAGUUGCUGGCUUUCUGCAUCCUCUGCUGUCUUUUAGCUUUGUGUGCUCUGGUGUAGCUAGGUUUAAUGUUCUACUGUACUUGGCAGCACAACCCCCCCCCCCACCCCCACCCUGUCUCUCUUUUGGCACUGACAAGUGAUGAACCUGCAGUGGUCUGUUUGGUUGAGGAGAUGACCAAGAAAACCGAAGGGCCCACACUUUUGCCGAUGCCACCUUUAGCCUAACAGUAAAAAUCAUAGUGAUGGUAAUAAUUAUUUAAUUGGUUAUCCCUGUAGGUCUAAGCGCUUAGAUCGCAAUAUCUACAAAGCUAAGAUAUGGAAUUGUUUUAAGAUGGUCAUAAAAUGUAUUAUUUAAGCUAGCUAUUUGAUUUAGAAUUUUAGGAUUAUGUUUUUUUAAUGAAACAUUGAAUUUGGCCUUUACUGCUAUAGCCCAUAGAAACGGAUUGAAUAACACAUUUGUACAUGGCAAAAGAGUCAAAAAAUAUAUCAUAAUGAAUAUGGUUUUUAAGUGCCUAUCCUAUAUCUGAGAGAUAUAAGAAAACUCAGACAUUUUUAGACCCAUGUUUGGUCACUUUAUUUGUGGCACUUUUUACCCCCUAUGCACAUUGUGCUAUUUUUACAGCCUGGUACCAGGUUACCUUCAGACGACUCCCCUUAAGCUUGUGUGCGUCGUAGAGCAAAACAACUGACACCUUCGUGUUUGUGUGAGUCUCCCCUUUUGUAGCUCAAACGGUCUUGGUUUUAAAGACGAUUUCCUUGUCUGGAGCCUCUUGUGUAGAAAAACACAGCUUUUAGAAGCACCAUGUUAUGGAAUAGGCGCACAAUUUAUAACGGCGGAAAGAGGGGAUUGAGCUGCAGCCACUACAAGAAACGGUAAGUCUCUAGCAUAAACACACAGGGAGCUAUUCAAUAUUCAAAAUGAUGUCACCGUGUGACGCACAGGUGUGUCAAUUGACUCUAAGGGGUUAAUAAUUAUAAUUUCACGGCUGGACUGUCAUCCUGCUAGUAAUUUGAUUUAUAUGGGCCGCUGUCUGGAGCUUGGCUUGGGAUGAUCAUAAAUAACCCCACAAAUUGAAUGGCCUGGAUGGGAACGGAUUAUCCGCCUCUCCUUGCCCCCCCAUGGCUCUUUCUCAAUUAAUCCUUCCUCGAUUCCCUACAUUCUUUCUACUUUCCUCCUUCUCAAAAAGCAUUCGAGAAGAAGGUCAGAUGGGAGAUACCUUGGAUCUUCUCCUCCAAUAUGGUUGAGAAGGAGGCAAGGGGAUAGGAUGCAAGGAAUCAUGGAAAGACUAAUUGAGAUAGAGCCCAUGUCUAUUUUCAACUGUUCACCUCCUCUCUCUCCUUUCUCCUCUCUUCCUCUUAGAUGCUGAUGCCAGUGAGAAGAUCCAGGAGAUGGGUGUUCUCCCCCUGCUUCCCACCCUGCUGGCCCCACAGUCCUCCUGCACCCCCAAAGUAGCCAACAUCAUAGCUGAGGUGGCCAAAAAUGGUGAGGCUCCCCCCGCUUGGUUUCACCUCAUCUCAUAUUCCCCAGGAAACAUCAUUCUCCUCACUUUUGGUUCUGCCAACUUGUCAGUAUACCAUUUUAAAAAACGUGUUAUUAUAUUCUCAGUUUUGUGUGUGUCAUACAGUGGCGGUUUAGCAUACAUUUGUAUUUCUCAUUUACAGUGCCUUGCAAAAGUAUUCAGCCCCCUUGGCGUUUUUCCUAUUUUGUUGCAUUACAACCUGUAAUUUAAAUUGAUUUUUAUUUGGAUUUCAUGUAAUGGACAUACACAAAAUAGUCCAAAUUGGUGAAGUGAAAUGAAAAAAAUAACUUGUUUCAGACAAUGCUAAAAAAUUAAUAACGGAAAAGUUGUGCAUGCAUAUGUAUUCACCCCCUUUGCUAUGAAGCCCCUAAAUAAGAUCUGAUGCAACCAAUUACCUUCCAAAGUCACAUAAUUAGUUAAAUAAAGUCCACCUGUGUGCAAUCUAAGUGUCACAUGAUCUGUCACAUGAUCUCAGUAUAUAUACACCUGUUCUGAAAGGCCCCAGAAUCUGCAACACCUCUAAGCAAGGGGCACCACCAAGCAAGCGGCACCAUGAAGACCAAGGAGCUCUCCAAACAGGACAGGGACAAAGUUGUGGAGAAGUACAGAUCAGGGUUGGGUUAUAAAAAAAUAUCCUAAACUUUGAACAUCCCACGGAGCACCAUUUUAAAUCCAUUAUUAAAAAAUGGAAAGAAUAUGGCACCACAACAAACCUGCCAAGAGAGGGCCGCCCACCAAAACUCACGGACCAGGCAAGGAGGUAAUUAAUCAAAGAGACCAAAGAUAACCCUGAAGGAGCUGCAAAGCUCCACAGCGGAGAUUGGAGUAUCUGUCCAUAGGACCACUUUAAGCCGUACAUGCCACAGAGCUGGGCUUUACGGAAGAGUGGCCAGUAAAAAGCCAUUGCUUAAAGAAAAAAAUAAGCAAACACGUUUGAUGUUCGCCAAAAGGCAUGUGGGAGACUCCCCAAACAUAUGGAAGAAGGUACUCUGGUCAGAUGAGACUAAAAUUGAGCUUUUUGGCCAUCAAGGAAAACGCUAUGUCUGGCGCAAACCCAACACCUCUCAUCACCCCGAGAACACCAUUCCCACAGUGAAGCAUGGUGGUGGCAGCAUCAUGCUGUGGGGAUGUUUUUCAUCGGCAGGGACUGGGAAACUGGUCAGAAUUGAAGGAAUGAUGGAUGGCGCUAAAUACAGGGAAAUUCUUGAGGGAAACCUGUUUCAGUCUUCCAGAGAUUUGAGGCUGGGACGGAGGUUCACCUUCCAGCAGGACAAUGACCCUAAGCAUACUGCUAAAGCAACACUCGUGGUUUAAGGGGAAACAUUAAAAAUGUAUUGGAAUGGCCUAGUCAAAGCCCAGACCUCAAUCCAAUUGAGAAUCUGUGGUAUGACUUACAGAUUGCUGUACACCAGUGGAACCCAUCCAACUUGAAGGAGCUGGAGCAGUUUUGCCUUGAAGAAUUGGCAUAAAUCCCAGUGGCUAGAUGUGCCAAGCUUAUAGAGACAUACUUCAAGAGACUUGCAGCUGUAAUUGCUGCAAAAGGUCGCUCUACAAAGUAUUGACUUUGGUGAGGGUGGGGUGGGGGGUGAAUAGUUAUGCACGCUCAAGUUUUCUGUUUUUUUUUGUUUCACAAGAAAAUAUAUUUUGCAUCUUCAAAGUGGUAGGCAUGUUGUGUAAAUCAAAUGAUUCAAAAAAAAAUAAAAAAUCUCUUUUAAUUCCAGGUUGUAAGGCAACAAAAUUGGAAAAAUGUCAAGGGGGGUGAAUACUUUCGAAAGCCACUAUAGUUAGCAUUAUCUUAAUUUAAUGAAUUUAAUGGGAUUGUGAUUUAUCUAUUUGUGGGCUGAUGGUCAAGAUUAUGGGUGAUAGUCUAUAGAUUUGUGCUGUGUAGCCCAGAUUGUGGCCUAGUCCCUGUACUCAUUUGUUUGUCCACCCCACUCCCCAUAAGCAAUUCUGCCUUAACCCAUUCCGACGGCAACAGAUGGCUUCAGUCUCUCUAACAGAAGGCACCAUAGGAGACCUGUCUGUUGGUGUUGCCAUCCAUCAUGCUUUCCUAGACCGUAGUCAUUUUCACACAACGUCAGCACAGUGAAUCAAGAUGUAUUUACUCCAUGCCAUACUGUAGCUUGACCAAAGGAAAAUGCACAGCAGUGAGUGGCUCGAUUGAGAUUCAGGAACUCAUCAGAUCAAGGUGAGAUUAGAGUUUAGAUUGAUUCGUUCUAUCAACAUAAGGCAUUCAUAACGCUCCCAGAAGCACUUCAUUAAUAGACAUGAAAUAACAGCUAUAUAGUGCCCUAUUAAAGCUUUAUACCAAGGAUGAGAUUGGGCAUUCAAAUACGUUGAUGGCUUCUUGACUUCUCUCCAAUAGUAGAGAAGUCACACAUUUUCUUGGCCACAUUUUGGACUCAAGCAGUCUUCCAUUGGCAACGUGGCAAAUUACUUUAUGCGCGGCCUCUCAACCUGCAUACUGCAGUUACAGUAAAAACUGUGCCAUACUUACUUAGUGCUUUUAGAGUAAUUAUAUGGGUUUCAGGGGAGGCAGGCGCAGAGUUGAAGGGAAGUGACAGAGUAGGGGGAAGAAAAGUCUAAGAUAAUUAAUGGUAUUUUAGCAACGGCUAAUGAUCACUGCCUGCUGACAUACCAGCCUGAGCCUUGGCACCAACCCACUGGCAUUUUAUCUGUCAGAGGCCUGGAAAUGUCUAUGCCCAGUCCACAGUGGAAGACUUACUGUGUCAAAGCUACUGGACUAAAAUAACCUUUUUCUUGCAUACCUGAGUAAAAUGAAUUUGGAAGUUGAGUGUUUAAGCACUUUCAUUUGAAACCUAGUCAGUAUUAUAUGAAGGUUUUCUGUAUUUGGCUGAACUUGAGGGCUGCUUUAAAUGUAUUUCCAACAAAGAUCCAGAGUUGGGUUUUAUAUACAUUCAUAUAAAAAUUGUAAAAAAUGUGGAUGCACUUAAAAAUAAUUGAGUCUUCCAUUGACUAAUCAAUUGGAAUUUUGGCACACACAGUAUAUUUCCGAGCAGAUUGGAGGUUGUAGUGAAAUCCAUUUCAAUUCCAGUCAAACCAGCAAAUAAACUGAAACACAUUCUCUGAAUGACAAACUCCUCAUAGAAAAUAACUGGUCCACUUUUCAGUCAGUUUCAACUUGAUUUUACAUUUCUUCUCCACAAUCGAGACAGAAUGGACCAUGAAGAUAGGUGGUGCCGUGCUGAGCGGUAGGAGUAGGGUGAAGUUUCCCCUAGACAAUGAUCAUGGGUCAUUUUUGAAUUUCCCCCACUAAUGGUUAAGAUUAGGAUUGGGGGAGGGGAAGCUUAUCCAGGUCUGUACGGUUGGGAAACUUCACCCUGGAGCCUAAUUGUUCAUCCUGACUGUGCUUUCUCUCCCCUCCAGAGUUCAUGCGGAGCCCCUGUGUGGAGGCGGGCCUCAUCCCUCCCCUGGUGCAGCUGCUCCACUCCAAGGACCAGGAGGUGCUGCUGCAGACAGGCCGCGCCCUGGGCAACAUCUGCUACGACAGCCGUAAGUACAUCCUGCCAUAGGUCUCCCUGUCAUAGGUUUCCCUUGCAUGUUUCUCAUAGGCUUCUCUUACACAUUUCGUAUAAGUUUCCCUUAAACAUUUGUCAUAGGCCGGUUGGAAAAGGACCCGGAAUCGGUAUGUCUAUGGGUUCGCCCAUAAUUAUUCUUUAUUUUUGAUGGGAAGGGGAGGUCAACUUUAUAAGGAAGGGGGCGGCAUCUUGCCUAGGUGUAAUUAUAGGGGAAGUACUGAAGUGCCUUUUCCUUUCAACUGGCCCUCUCCUCCCUCCUCUCCCCUCCCCCCCUCCCCUCCCAGAGGUGCUGAAUUGCAUCAUGACGGGGAACCAGGUGUCGGCGGAUUCUAAACUGGCUGUUAGCAUUAUCUGCUCUUUUUGAUGACAUUGAUCUGCUGAAAAGUCUUAGUUCAUCAUAAUAUAAUGGGAUAUAGCCUGUUUCUCAUCUGAAUAUAUUGGAGGUGGGGAAUACUCUGGCCGUAAAUAGGAAUACUCUGGCCGUAAAUUGGAAUACUGAGUGAGGUGACUACCAGCAUGACAUUAUAUUGUCUGUGCUUCUACCCGAUUUAUCAAUAUGAAAUCCAUAUUUUUUUCAUCUGUGGACUAGCAAGAGGCUUCGCUAAGCAGCUCUCAGAUGACACUAUUGUCCCGUGUGGCUCAGUUGGUAGAGCACGGCGCUUGCAACGCCAGGGUUGUGGGUACGAUUCCCACGGGGGGCCAGUGCAGCGACAAGUACGAAAGUCAGUCUAGCCCUGAGCUCCUGAGAGCCGCAUUUCUUUCCCCAGACAGACACCCUCACAGACCUUCUACGUCUGUCACACAAAGAUAAAACUGCUUACAAUCACUUCCCCCAAUGCCUCUAGAAUAAAGAUUUUAGGGGAUGUAAUCAAGAGUUGUCGUGAAUACAUCUGAGGAGAAUUCUAUUGUUGGGUUUUGCUGAGUGGUUAGUGGUCUGUCUGUGUGUUGCGUUGAGGCCAUAAUGGCAGCUGUUGUUUCUGGUGCAUUGUAUGAGUGUGGGGGGAGCUGGUGAAGCCUUUUUGGCAUAGUGGCAGAAAUGUAUAUGUGUGUGUGUCUGUCUGUCUCAGUUGGAGCUGCAGCUGUUUUCAACACUUAAUAGGGGCACCACUGAAGAAAUCAGUUUAGAAGGACUCUAGCUGUCCGGUUACUCCGGUUCUGGCCCUUUCAAAAUGUAAUCAACCCAACAACAAGCCUACCACUUCAACUGUCAAUUGCAUUCAUACAACUUCCAGACCUAGCAGCAGAAAAACAGUGCCAGCAUUUUGUCCAUUGUACAUAAACGCCAUCCAGAUUCCAGCCAAUUUGUUUAGUCCCUCUCCCUUGCUUUCUCUCUCUCUCUCUCGCUCUCACUCUCGCUCUCUUUCUCUAUCCCUCUCCUGCACUCUCGCUCUCACACACUUGCACUCCUUCUUCCUUUCUCUGUGUCUUCCUCUGUCGCUCCCCUCCUUUCUCUUGCUGUCCAUGGUUGUGUUGUUAAGGAAGGGGGCAGGUGUGCCAGCCAGGCUGAGGUUGGAUGUGGGGGUCAUGGCUGGCUGGUAUCAGGAGACUAGUGGAGAACCAGUCUGUGCAUGUCCAGGAACAGGAUGACUGAUCAUUUAACACUUCCUCUGCCAGCAAGGCAGCUACGCUCCAGACACCCCAUUCUGUCUGCCACCGCCAUGCACACAUAACACUGUAUAAUGUGUUAUGUUUCUGUGUUAAAACAGCUAGUACAGACAAUGAUAUACUGACAAGGCCCAUAACGCUUCCUCUGCUAGCUACGCUCCAGACAUCCCCAUUUAGUCUGCCAUCGUCAAGCACACACUGUAUGUAUCGAUAUGUUCCCACAACGCAUAUACAGACGUUUUGUUGUCCAGCAUUGGCGUACUGUCACAUGAAGUGGCUUGUAACUUUCACAAACGGAAAAUACUCUUCCAUUCUUUGUUAAUUGGAGAAUUAGUGUCUGUACCCACUUUGACAAGGACGUCAUCCCCACCUCCGAGUUCUAGGUGAUGAUGGCUAAGAAAAGUAAUUCAUUCCUGGUCUGUAGUCUGGGGAGAUUCAACCAUAAUAUACACAUUAGUGUACACUGAGUAUAGCAAACAUUAGGAACCCCCUUUUUCCCUCAGAACAGCCUCAAUUCGUCGGGGCAUGGACUCUACAAGGUGUCGAAAGCGUUUCACGGGGAUGCUGGCCCAUGUUGACUCCAAUGCUUCCCACAGUUGUGUCAAGUUGGCCUGAUGUCCUUUGGGUGGUGGACCAUUGUUGAUACACACAGGAAACUGUUGAGCAUGAAAAACCCAGCAGCGUUGCAGUUCUUGACACAAACUGGUGUGCCUGGCACCUACUACCAUACCCCGCUCAAAGGCACUUAAAUCUUUUGUCUUGCCUAUUCACCCUCUGAAUGGCACACAUACACAAUCCAUCUCUCAAUUGUCUCAAGGCUUAAAAAUCCUUCUUUAACCGGUCUCCUCCCCUUCAUCUACACUGAUUUGAAGUGGAUUUAACAAGUGACAUCAAUAAGGGAUCAUAGCUUUCACCUGGAUUCACCUGGCCGGUCUGUCAUGGAAAGAGCAGAUGUUCUUAAUGUUUUGUAUACUCAGUGUAUCUAUCAUGAGAGCACAUGGCCUCCCUACGGCUAUGUUCUAUCGUGCUACAUUAUCUCUUGGCACAUCAAGCACUCCUUGUCUACGUGAUGUCUGCAGGCAAAGGUGAUGUCCUUAAAGUUUAAACCUCAGGAGCACCAACUAAUGUCCAUUUUAGUUGACCACAAUUGACAUUGUUGACCACAUUUCUAACACUGGUGAGGUUGAGUCCUAUUUCAUUUAAUGUUCUAUAAAUAUGACCGGCUAAUUCUAUGCAUUUUUUAAAGAUUGUAUUUGCAUGGCUGUAGUCGAUUUGGUAUGUUCGCGCAGAGCAGUAUCCUACAAACGUACUGUGAUCUGUAGUAAUAUGGUGCAAAUUAAGGCUACUCAAUGAGGCGUCUGCUAAAAACGAUUUCAUAAAAACAGACUAGUCACUCGGUAUGACAUAACUUCAACUCCCAUGGUCCCUAGGCUGUCUGGUUUUCAGGUCUUUUAUUUUCACAAAGAGAACAGCCGUUUUCUCUCCUCAAUCCAGCUGGGUUUCAGCCUCUCCACCUCCAUACGUUUGCUGUUCACUCAUGCUCAUUUGCAUAACAUGACUCAACCACAUUCCGUUUAGCAGGACUCUAGUAUGGUUGUCGCUACCACUAAUAACCAUACUGUGUGUGAGCUUGACUGUGAUUCUGACAAGUGACAAACGAUUGUCCACCAAUUAGGGCUGUAUUUAUUAUUGAGUUAAUCGGAAGAUUUGCUGUGAUUAAUCGUGACUCAUUGCAAAUUCAGAAUUUAAUCAAAUUAAGCUGUAAUUUAAGAUUUUUUUUAUACAAAAAUCAUUAUAAGAAUAUUGAUGUGUCAGUUUUGUCCAAAGUAAUGGUAAGCAAAAUCAGGCAAAUUUAUAAAGCACACUUUCUUUAACCUCAAUAUCAACUUGUUUUGACGUCGCAUUGUUGUUUUUAGCUGUAUAGAUCAUGUAUUACAUUUUUUUCAGUGUGUUUUGAAUGAUUUCAGACUACGAUUAAUCGCAAAAGAAAAGAGUGCACUAAAAUUACAAACUGGAGUUACACGAUUAACUCUGACAGACCUACUGGGAUGGGCAUGACGAAACACACUAUGGAAUGACUCCCAGUUCUGUAUGAAGGGUAUGAGCUUCGGUAAUGAUUUAAUGCUAGUUAGUCUUUUUUUUGUUUUGCCUCUCCUUUUUCAUGUUAUGAUUAAUCAUUAUUAUUCUUUAUGGUUAUAUUUAAAUAGCAUUUAUUAUUGAUUUAUGUGAUUUUGUGUUUUUUUUACUGCUUGCUUAACUUUCUCUCCCUUUAUUGAUUUGUUUUCCAGGUUGGUUGUUGUGAUUUUUCUUCUUUGUUGAUGUCCCCCUGACCUCUUUGUUUUGCAGAUGAGGGCAGGAGUGCAGUUGACCUGGCGGGAGGGGCUCAGAUAGUAGCUGGACACAUAAAGUCACUUUCCCAAAAUACUGACCCGGACAAUGGAAAGCUCUUGACUGUCUUUUGUGGCAUGCUGAUGAACUAUAGCAAUGAUAAUGGUAAUGGCCAACUCCCCCCGGAUAAGCUACAUUAACCAAUCUAAACAGAGUAAACUUUUUAAAUAAUUAAUCUAACGAUAAAAUGAGAUGUUUUAUUGUCACAUACACCGGAUAGGUGCAGUGAAAUGUGUUGUUUUACAGGGUCUGCCAUAGUAGUACGGCACCCCUGGAGCAAAUCAGGGUUAAGUGCCUUGCUCAAGGGCACGCCGGCAGAUUUUCACCUUGUCGGCUCGGGUAUUCGAACCAGCGACCUUUCGGUUACUGGCCCAACGCUCUAACCGCUAGGCUACCUGCCACCCUACUUUGGCAGUGUGUCUGUGGCAGUACUAAACUUAAUGUUGACACCUUUUAUCCAGUCUUAAAGUGAUAGUUUGUUUUGUCUGAUAUUUUCAGACCUCAAAUGUAAUCUAAUGGCGAGACGAGUCCACGUCCCAGGCCAUCUAUUGUGCUUGUUUAUUUGGAUCGCCAUUAGCUUUUGUAGCUGCUAUAUGCAUCAAAUCCAAAUGAAUUGGAAAGAUAGGCACCGUCUAAUUUAAAACUAUUAGACGGUGCCUAUUAUGUCCAUAUAGCUGAAUUUACACAUAACUGGGUCUUCUUAAUAGAUGGUGUGGGGGCAUGGACUCGUUAGACCGCUUUUGAGGUUUAAAAAUGUCUUGACGAAUUUAGAUUUAGAAUUUUCAGCCAAUGUUCAAGUUUAUAUUACUCAGCCUUUACUCUCCAUGGUAACAGGAGGUGGUGGUUAAAGAGGAUUGUACAAUAUCUGUCCCUUGGAGAGUGGUCUGUCUGAUUGAAGUCCACUUCCAUUGCUUUCUAUUGUAUCUUGCUUGAGGCCUUGGUAAUUUUCCUCUUAAAGCAGUGACUGCUUGUCUUGUCCUUGUAAUUGGUGGUGGUAGGUAGGUGGUGGUGGUAUCCCUACAGCUUAUAUUGCAGCCAUUUCUCUCUACCCCUUUACACAGCACUCUCUUGUUUGUAGUUAGAUUGUCUAUUCUCCCACAACCCUCCUUGCAAAGCCUCUAUGGUCUAUCCAGGUGCGAGAUCCGGAGUAAUCAAUAUUGAUCACUUCUGCUGUCAACUUUCCAGCACCCUUUUCCAGUUUCAAUAGGCUGCGUUUCAAAUGAAGCCCUAUUCCCUACAUAGUGCACUACUUUAGACCAGAGAAUACGGUGCCAUUUGGGAGCCAGGUGUAGACUCACAGUAAAAUAUGCAUCUUUCAUUCAAAUGAACACGUUGUUUAGAACCAUUUAACUGUGCUAGCUAACUAGUCUUGUCAUAAUGAUGCAAUAAUUUUGCCACUCGGGAUUAGCAGCGACUCAUUUUCUCUUUGCAAGUCACUUUACUGCACAACUCUUAACACUGCCUUUUUAAAGGUACUCUCAGCAAUAUGACAUGAUCAUAAACAGAGGGGUGACUUCCUGCCUACAGACAUAAACAACAAAUCAAAUCUACCAACACAGCCACUAUUGACUCUUCCCAAUGUGCGUCCUCCCUUGAAGCAUGCCCACAUUGGGAAGAGACAAUAGUGUCAGUCUUGCCAGAUUUGAAAUUGGUUGAGGUCUGUAAGCAGGAAGUCGCCCCGCUGGGUAUGAUGAUGUCAUAUUGCUGAGUCUACAUGUAAAACAUUUACAGUAGCUGCUGUGGAACCCUCUCCCUCUUCCAAAUUGGACUAUAGAAAGUUGAGUUUUAGUCUUGGUUGGACUGUUUGUUCCCCAGGAGUGUAUUCACUAGGAACCUCAUCUCUCGUGGACAGAUUCUGCUCUUAAACCGAAGAAUAAGAUUCUGAACGUAAACCGAAGAAUCUGUCGCGGCGGUAUAGAAUGCGUAGGAUAAUGAGCAGCAGUUGUUCCGGUGUUUGGACCCAGAAUUAAGUCACACAGCUGAUCAAAUUACGCAUGACUUUAGUUCUGGGUUAACCGAGAUUACUAGGAACCAAACGGAAGUAAAUGGGCCGAAACAGUGAGAGUUCUAGCUGAAUUUGUCCCAUAAGAAACUCUUGAUUCAUUUGUUAAUUGUUCUGUUGCAAAACAAUUUUGCUACGGUUUGCAUGAAUGAAAACACCCCAGGCUGGUUAGUGGUUUAGAGAGGGUGAUGCUCGCUCGUUUAUGCCCCUUUCGUCUAUGUUCCCACCCUGAGAUUCCACCAUGUACUGCUCCUCUCUGAAUAAUGUCAAUUAUUAAUGAAUGGGCCAAGUUCUAUAACUUUCUUUCUCCUCCGUGGGCAAGAUGCAGAACAAUAAUUACUUUUCGGUCUAUCGCUUCUCCCGUACGAUCCCUGACCAUUCCGAGGUCACUCCCCAACUCUUGUCCACCCUGUCGAAAAUAGACUGAGGAAAAAUAAAUGUGAUCAAAAACGUGGUGUUCAGGGGAGGCACAUGCAAGUCAGCGACAACUCAGGCUCUCAAUGUCACUUUUUUCUCCCUCCCUCCCUCCCUCCCUCCUUUGCCUUGUUAUUUUCCCCCAAUCAAACAUGGAGCUAAGUGGAUUUUCUCUGUAACCCAAUGAUCUGCGAUCAGAUCAUCAGACAUUAAACAGUGCUGUGAUUACACAGAAAUAUAAUUACUAGAACGGACAUCCCCAUUCGAGUCAAUGUUCCACGAUGUGUGGAAUUCUGUUUCCAUGCUAAUUACGCUGUCCUCUGCUUGAAGCGGUGCUACUUCCGGUGACACCAACAUUUAGCCUCAGUUGCCAAGCACCGCUAUCACGGCACUAAAUCAAACCAUUUCACAGAGCUCAGCAAAGCCUGCAUCGACUCAAGUCAAAUCACAUUCAAAUAUCUCACACAGACAUGGUUUGACUCAUUUUAAUCAAUUACGUUUGGUUGUGGCCUCCAAUCUGUUUAGCUUUGAAUAAGGCCAUUUUAUUGCCAGUCCAUGAAAAGGAUGUUUGAGAAAACAGGACAAACUUCACUUCAUGUAGCCUCUAUAAAGUUACCGGUAACUUAAUAACAAGUAGCGUGUAACAUAACUGCCUAGUGCAAUUACAUACAGCUCAACACUGUUUAUAAAUGUAACACUCCUACCCAAUUUACGAUUGAAUUAUUUAGCACGAUGUUAGGUGUGAAAUGUAGCCUAGAGUUGAUGUUUCCAGGCCCUGUCAUCGGCUACAAUAAAACAAAGGCUGUCACAAAUGUCUCCACUCAAAAGGCUGAAAAAGUUGAAGAGAUGGUUGAAAAUAAUGCAUACAAUUACAGCAUGCUCUACACGUCCUUGGAACUGUAAAGAGAGGAGAGAGACAGUCUUGUCCUCUAUACACUAGGAUACGGAAUCUAACGCGUCAGAGUAAUGGAGUUGGUGUACUCUGUGCACUACAGUGAGGGCCGGAGCAUUUUGCAAUUACACAAUGCAAAUUAGUUUGUGUGGCCGCCAUCGGCCCACUCCCUUCAGCUGGCUGUUUGUAAACUGUCAACGCAGCUAAUAUAACCUUCAUUAACAUUGAUUGAAGCUCUGCACGUCCACUGGUUUUUACAGCGUCUGUGCAAAUUGAAGUAAUUAGUUCUAAAAGAUUCCCUAACAAAUGGAAAUCAAGAUUUUUGUGUAAAUGUACAUUUGGGAUAUGAUAACUUUGUGACCCAAGUUGGUUUAUGUUUCUGGAAUUCACUCGCCUCCGGUAGGCCUUUGCUUGUGUCGAGGCCUAAUGUGGAUUAUGGUUAGGAUCUAAUAUUUUGAACGAAUAACAAUUCUGGCGGAUGACAAUUGAUGGUGGUUGUUUUAAUAAUUACCAGCAAAAAAUGUCCGCUUGUAUUUCAGAGAGAACCCUUAUUAAUUCACUAAUAUAACUAUUUCUCAAUUGGUUACUUCCUUUUCUCACUCACUUUCCUUCCUUCCUUCCUUCCUUCCUUCCUUCCUUCUAGCCUUUUAUCCUUCUUCCUUCCUUCCCACUCUCUUCUUUUGUUUUAAACGUGCUUGUUCAUUUUUGUCAUUUUUCCUUUCCUUUUUCUUCCUGUACCCUCCUUCCUCUCUCUCCACCCCUCCUUCCUCUCUCUCCACCCCUCCUUCCCCUCUCCACCCAUUUUGUCAGUAUUGAUAGUCUCUUAAAGCCAACUUAAUCAACUCUUUCUCCUAUCUUUCCUCUCUAGGCUCUUCUAGCUGGUUUUCCAGAGCUCACUACAACCAGGGAAAUACAUCUGCACUCUGAUAUACUGUAUAUGACAUAGAUCAUGCUAAAAAAUAUACUGUAUAGCUAGUCUACAUUUAGCAAAUGGUUCAACUGUGCAAAUUUGUUUCCUUGUUUGCAUGAACUAAUUUCCCUUUUUGAAAAUCCUCUUGAGACUUAAUUCUAAGACAUAUGGCUUUAUACCUUCAUUAGCUUUUUACACUUUUAAUUAUAUUAUUGACUAGUGUGUGUGUGUGUGUGUUGUGGCAGAGCAAAGCUGGCAGACAUACAUUUUCAUAGCCCAAUAAUGUCUCUCUCUACUUUUAGUUUUAGGUCUGAGACAAUAGUGCCUUCAUAAAUUACACACACACACACACACACACACACACACACACACACACACAUCAGGGUGUUUCUGCUUGUUUAGUUAAUUUGCCUAAUUCGCAGAAACACUGCCCACCCCGAUCUUCCUGUCCUUAUUGUAAUUCAACCUCCCAAACGCUAGAUGGCAGUGCUCUUACCUAUCCUCUGAUAUCUCUGUGUCCUCUCCAGACUCCUUGCAGGCCCAGCUGAUCAACAUGGGGGUGAUCCCCAACCUGGUGAAGCUGCUUGGGCUCCACUCAGACAACACGGCCCUCACAGAGAUGUGCCUCAUCGCGUUCGGAAACCUGGCUGAGCUCGGUGGGUAGUGGGACGUCUUAGAGCUGAGCAGAGAGGUCACUAUGUAUUGUGGGUAUAUACAGUGAGGGGAAAAAAGUAUUUGAUCCCCUGCUGAUUUUGUAAAUUUGCCCACUGACAAAGAAAUGAUCAGUCUAUAAUUUUAAUGGUAGGUUUAUUUGAACAGUGAGAGACAGAAUAACAACAAAAUAAUCCAGAAAAACGCAUGUCAAAAAUGUUAUAAAUUGAUUUGCAUUUUUAAUGAGGGAAAUAAGUAUUUGACCCAUCUGCAAAACAUGACUUAGUACUUGGUGGCAAAACCCUUGUUGGCAAUCACAGAGGUCAGACGUUUCUUGUAGUUGGCCACCAGGAUUGCACACAUCUCAGGAGGGAUUUUGUUCCACUCCUCUUUGCAGAUCUUCUCCAAGUCAUUAAGGUUUCGAGGCUGAUGUUUGGCAACUCGAACCUUCAGCUCCCUCCACAGAUUUUCUAUGGGAUUAAGGUCUGGAGACUGGCUAGGCCACUCCAGGACCUUAAUGUGCUUCUUCUUGAGCCACUCCUUUGUUGCCUUGGCCGUGUGUUUUGGGUCAUUGUCAUGCUGGAAUACCCAUCCACGACCCAUUUUCAAUGCCCUAGCUGAGGGAAGGAGGUUCUCACCCAAGAUUUGACGGUACAUGGCCCCGUCCAUCGUCCCUUUGAUGCGGUGAAGUUGUCCUGUCCCCUUAGCAGAAAAACACCCCCAAAGCAUAAUGUUUCCACCUCCAUGUUUGACGGUGGGGAUGGUGUUCUUGGGGUCAUAGGCAGCAUUCCUCCUCCUCCAAACACGGCGAGUUGAGUUGAUGCCAAAGAGCUCGAUUUUGGUUUCAUCUGACCACAACACUUUCACUCAGUUCUCCUCUGAAUCAUUCAGAUGUUCAUUGGCAAAUUUCAGACGGCCCUGUAUGUGCUUUCUUGAGAAGGGGGGCUGCAGGAUUUUAGUCCUUCACGGCGUAGUGUGUUACCAAUUGUUUUCUUGGUGACUAUGUUCCCAGCUGCCUUGAGAUCAUUGACAAGAUCCUCCCGUGUAGUUCUGGGCUGAUUCCUCACCGUUCUCAUGAUCAUUGCAACUCCACAAGGUGAGAUCUUGCAUGGAGCCCCAGGCCAAGGGAGAUUGACAGUUAUUUUGUGUUUCUUCCAUUUGUGAAUAAUCACACCAACUGUUGUCACCUUCUCACCAAGCUGCUUGGCGAUGGUCUUGUAGCCCAUUCCAGCCUUGUGUAGGUCUACAAUCUUGUCCCUGACAUCCUUGGAGAGCUCUUUGGUCUUGGCCAUGGUGGAGAGUUUGGAAUCUGAUUGAUUGCUUCUGUGGACAGGUGUCUUUUAUACUGAGAUUAGGAGCACUCCCUUUAAGAGUGUGCUCCUAAUCUCAGCUCGUUACCUGUAUAAAAGACACCUGGGAGCCAGAAAUCUUUCUGAUUGAGAGGGGGUCAAAUACUUAUUUCCCUCAUUAAAUUGCAAAUCAAUUUAUAACAUUUUUGACAUGCGUUUUUCUGGACUUUUUUGUUGUUAUUCUGUCUCUCACUGUUCAAAUAAACCUACCAUUAAAAUUAUAGACUGAUCAUUUCUUUGUCAGUGGGCAAACGUACAAAAUCAGCAGGGGAUCAAAUACUUUUUUCCCUCACUGUACCAAAGGAAAAGUAUUAUAAAUUAAUUAUACGGUUGAGCAGAAUACUGCUGCCACCCCGCCAUUCUGGACCUGGUUCAGCUUUUAUACCAUGCUGUCUGGGGCCUGGGCUUUGAGCAUAAAGAAAAGGUCAACCCCAGAUAAAUGUUGAACCGUGGGCUCUCCUGUCAUUCAAAUGUUUUGUAAAACCGGGGACAGAAAACUGAUUCCGGUGUGUAUGUCUUUAGCAUGGUGCCAAAUCUUCGAUCGUUGUCAUGCCAUAUGCUCGGCAUGAAAAUGAAUGAACACAGAGAAGAGUUGGCUGGCGCACAAACAGACUGGACCAGUCAUUUCAUCUUGAUGUAACUUCCCUCUCUGCAGAGUCCAGUAAGGAACAGUUUGCCUCCACGAACAUCGCUGAGGAGCUGGUGCGUCUGUUCCAGAGGCAGGCGGAGCACGAGAAGAAGGAACUGAUCUUUGAGGUCCUGGCUCCACUCGCUGAGAAC